AUGACCAGUACCCAAGAUAACAAGCGAAAGUGGCGGAUCUUGAAACAAAGAAAUCCAAAAUAUUUAUUGACGCUUGUUCUGGUCUUUCUGACAAGUCUCUACAUACUCAAUGAAAGUAGUAUAUUUAGCAAAAGCGAAUGGUACCCCCCUGAAGAAAUACCGAAUGAAGUAAUCGAGUCUUCAGACUCUUCCCAAGCGACAUCUCUGCCCGGAGAUUCCGAGGACAUUUCAGUUCCAGAAUCCUUCACUCAACCUGAACCAACACCCUUUGCCUACCCUUCCUCAGAUUACGGUGUCUCGUACAAAGACCGUGUUGACCCGGAUACACACAAAUACAUCGUCCCUAAUGGACCCUCGCCACCUGGUGAAAAGUAUAUUGCAUAUCUACCACAUAAUCAAUUCAAUAACCAACGCGUAGCUCUCGAAAAUGCAAUCUUACUUGCACACUAUACGAAUAGAACAUUAAUAUUACCAUACGUCUAUUUCGGAAGACAUAAUCAGUGGAGACCUUUCGAUACACUCUAUAAGCAAAACAUUAAUAGUAAUACCAAAGAACAUCUGGAACAUUGUAAAAAAUAUAUAGGCGAAGAGGUUAAGUCAAAAGUACCGGUAGAAUGUCGGCACUAUGAAAGAUGGACAACCAUGCCGUGGGAUCAUUUAUUUGGAGAUCUCCCUGCCUUUUACGAAAACGAAGGCCUAAAAGUAAUCUCAACCGUGAACAUUUCUGUAGAAUGGAUUAUGGCCAAUACUGGUGUCGACCGUGAAGACUUUCAUUACUUCAAAGAUGGUGUGUACUAUGGUGCUAAAAUUUAUGAUGACCCGUCUUCCACUACGCCCCUAGGCCGCUAUCGCGGGCGGUUGGAGUUGAGCGAAUUCAUGGAGAUUCCACACAGAGUUGUAUAUUUCGAGAGUAUCUAUGGUACCGGAAGAAUCAUGCACGAGGUGAAGGAGCACAGGGAAUUCUUUUCCAGGAUGGUUAGGUCAAUGACAAUCACUUAUCCGGGUGUAUUGCCGACAGCGGAUAAGAUUAUUGCAAGGUUGGGGGGGAGGCAAAAUUACAUGGGAAUCCACGUUAGAGUGAGUGAUGGAUUCUUUUCAAGGAACCGCGAAGCGAACAUUAAGCAAAUAAUCGAACGACUCAAGGAUUUCACCAUACCCUUGAGAUCGUCUUCGGAGAUAAAGCCAUCAACAGAUUUCUCAACGACCGACGAAUGCCUGGCCAACUAUACUCUUUCCACCAACAUGCCAUUAAUAUACAUGGCAACUGAUUUCCACAAGACCCGAACCAGCAAUCUCUACUCGCCGCUGUACGAAGCAUUUCCGUGCAUCGCAGUCUUGGAUGACUUUAUUCCUCUUCUAUCCGAGCUUGACGAAAUAGUUAACGACGUCGAUCAACUGCCGAUGAAAAAGUUUUUGAUACCGUUGGUUGACAUGGUUGUUGCUGCGAAAGGGACAAAAUUUGUGGGAACGGCAAGGAGCACCUUUAGUAAUUUUGCGUACAAAUUACAUAGAAUCUAUGUUGACGGGAUAGCUGAAUUUGAGGACAGUAAAGUUUAUGCUGGUUAA